CAGGAAGUUAAGUGACAGACCGGAGGAUGUUCACCGUGAGAGUAGGUCAGUUCAACUUCCACCUCUGAUUUCAAACUGCUCUGGUUCUGCUGAACUCUACAUGUGUGAGUUAAGUCUGAAAAACUAAAAUGGCAAGAAGAUCUAAAACAAGAGCUCUGCUGCUGCUGCUGCUUGCUGUGGUUAUUUUAAUCACAGUCGUUCUGCAGAGAUACAGCGACACAGUGACGGAGGAAUUUCAACAGGUUUUAUCCAAAAGCUUCGACAAGUCCAGGCCGAGCUCAGCAGCUGUUUCAUGUCCGAUGCCAAGAACCUGUCCUGAGAAGCACUUCAGCUUCUACAUCCAGAGCGGAGCCGCCAGCGCCGUGCCUCCAAAGAUCUGCUUCCAGGCCCAGAUGGUUCUUGGGACAGCGAUGAAAAAUGCUGGAUUGGGAAUAAACAUAGUUAUAAUAAAUGGUAAAACCGGAGAAGUGAUAAAGACGGGUAACUUUGACAUGUACGGCGGAGACGUGAAAGAUCUCAUCGAGUUCCUGAACAGCAUUGAGACGGGCACCAUUGUGCUGAUGGCGACUUUUGACGAAUCUGCAUCGAAGUUAAAUGACGAAGGGAGGAAGCUGAUCACUGAACUGGGAAGUUCUAUGAUCCAGUCGCUGGCCUUCAGAGACAACUGGGUGUUUGCUGGUGGGAAAGGAGCAGAUGUGACGAGCCACUUAGAGAAGUUCAAGAAGAGUGACUCAGCAGUGAACAUGUAUGAAGGCUGGCCCGAGCUCAUUGUCCUGGAGGGAUGCAUCCCCAUGGUCCCGCUUCUCAAAGAGACCAAGUGACGGAUCAGCUGAUAUUUAGUAGAUUAAGAAGACUUUGUCAGAAUCCGGCUGCAGCUGGUGUGUAAACCAGUCCAGUGAGUCCAGUGGGAUCUUCCUCACGUCGGUGCAGCAGUGAGGAAAUCUACACCUGAACACUUUGAUCUCAAUCUGCAUGACGCAGACCAGAGCUGGGACCAGCUCCUCUUUGUCUCUGGAUGGAGUCAAACAUGUAGAUGGUUGAUCUGCGGGACUGGGGACUGGGGACUGGGGACUGGGGACAUCUUUUACAAUUAAUGGGGACAUCACCCAAAAGGACCAACUUGGACCUAAUUCAUCAUCUUCCCACUCGCUGCCUUCGGGACUCGAUGUCUCCACCCUGUGGUUCUGAAGUUCUCUCCUCACUCGUCAGAGCUGCUCAUUGUGGGAACUGAUGGUUUCUCUAUAAAUCUACGGUCUGGAUUUUCCUUUUUUGAUUUGGUUCUUAAAAUGUGAAUGAAUUGAACUUUGUGUGAAGCUCUUUGUAACCUUGUCUAGAUACGUGCUACACAAAUAAAGUGAUUCCAUUGUUA